UCAAAACAUACCUACCAGCAUAUGCUGUUUUUUUCACCAGGGUCUGCAAGGUGUUUGUAAACUUUUGACCUCAACUGUAAAUAUAAGACAAAAAGAGUAACACACUAUUUUUGCCUCAGAUUCACACGUUAAAUCGACAGCCUUAAUUUAUUGUCAUGUGUCUUAUAUCAACAAAGCAAACGUGAAAUACGUACAAAGCAAAGUAAAGUAGCAUAUUGCUAACUUGUGUUGUGAUCUACUCGAGUGCAUUAGAUGGAACAACCUCUAAGAAAUGCUACAACAUUUAGCAAUAUUUGUGCAUGUCACUGGUGCUCUGGUGAAAAAAUACCACUUGUACAGAUAAGAAAAAUAAACGUGGCAGUUGUUCAGACAACACAUGUACAAUUGCGAAAUUAAAGUGUAAUUUUGACCUCAUUUGAUGAAAUAGAAGUGUCUGUUAUUUGCCAACAGAAGUGAGUACUUUGAAAUCAUUUUAUCUGAUUUUGCAAAACAACCUUCACAUGUACAGACAUUUACUUACAGAAGAAACCACAUAUACAAAGAUCAUUGCACUCAUGCAUGUUGAUCUGGUUCAAACACAUUUAAACGAAGGACAGACAGGUAAGGAUCAUCAUAUCAUCUGGUCUGGAUAUCAAACAACUAGUUGCUAAACAUGCAGGUCAAGCUGUUGUGGUAUAUUUGAUCAUCUUUAACACACAAUCAGUAGCAAAAAAAGUGAUUGCACUGACACAGAAAACAACUAAUGGUGCGUUCAUGUGCUGUAUUGUUAUGUCUUAGAUCAUGAUGGGUGUACUUGUGAUUUUGUUUCUCACUCUUUCUCCUGUGCUGUGCGUUGCUCAUUUGACAGGUAAUCUUGCUUUCGAAGCCAAAGCCGUUCAGUCUUCCAUAGGCGACAAACAGGGAGAUGCUGAACGUGCAGUAGAUGGAAACAAAGAGAGUGAUUACAUGAAGGGCUCAUGCACUCACACUAAAUCUGAGCUUGGCCCAUGGUGGAGAGUCGACCUCAAAGAUGUCUACAGUGUCAGCAAGGUUAUCAUCACUAAUCGUGGAGACUGCUGCAGUGACCGAAUUAAAGGAGCUCAGAUACGUAUUGGUGACAGCCUGGAUAACAAUGGAAACAACAAUGAACUGGCUGAAAACCUUCUGACUGUUCCUGAAGGCACAAAAACAUUUGAGUUUAAGCCUAUUAAGGGUCGAUAUGUCAACAUCUUUUUGCCUGGGAAAGAUAAAACUCUCACUUUGUGUGAAGUUGAGGUAUUUGCAGAAAAGAAGGAAGUCCAAUCUAUUUGUGUUCCAAGAAAUCUUGCUCUUCGAGGUGAAGCAGUCCAGUCUUCCACAUAUGAUAAACAAGGAGAUGCUCAAAAUUCUAUCGAUGGCAAAACACUGACAAAAUACAGUUAUGGGUCCUGCUCUCACACUGAAGAGGAGAAAGACCCCUGGUGGAGAGUUGACUUGAAGAAAUCCUACAUUGUAACCAGGGUUAGUAUCACUAAUCGUGGAGAAUGUUGUCCAGAGCGGAUAAAUGGCGCUCAGAUCCGUAUCGGUGACAGCUUGGAAAAUAAUGGCAACAGAAAUAAGCUGGCUGCAGUCAUUGAGUCCAUUCCAGGUGACGGCACAAAAAAAUUUACGUUUGAGCCUAUUAAGGGGCGAUAUGUCAACAUUUUCCUACAAGGGGAAAGAAAAAUACUUCAGAUGUGUGAGGUUCAGGUGUUUUUAGCUUAAGUUGGAUGAGAAGAAGUUACCGAUCCUUAAAGAGAGAAAAGACUUCAAACAAAGUGUCUUCUCAGUAUUUUCAGUAAUCCUGUAUUUGAAAUACACCUUGUCAUUUUUUAAUCCAGCUCAUCAUUGUUAAUCUUUAUUUUCUACAUGAAUAAAAAAAGGAUGAUUAAACCCCGC